CUUAUUUGCUGUAGCCUUACCUGGUAAAAGUGGAUGCCAGUCAAAUCUGCAUUUUUUUUUUUGUUGUCGUUAUACAGUUGUUCUGGUAUUGCUGUUCAGAAAGCAGCAGAAAAGACAAGAGCAAAGCAGGAGAGUAGAAAACAUUCUAUUUUUAGGACUAGAUUGGCUUAUCUUCUAUUUAUCCUAGCUAGGGGGAUAAUGUUUCAAAAGAUCUCAUGGGUAAGGGCUGCAUAAGACUGAGUUAAAAUUAACUGCCUGGCAAUCUUCAAGCAUGGAGCCUGCACAAGAGCCACAGGAGCUGGGACCUCAGACAGAAAUGACUGCAGACACAAUUCUUGAGGUUGGAGAGAGACUCUUCCAGGUCAGCCGUAGGGUGCUUUCAGUGCACAGUCGAUACUUUGAAGCCAUGUUUUUUGGAGGAGCACGAGAGAGCUCUGAACAGCACAUAGUGAUCAAAGGGAUCGACGCUGUGCCUUUUCAGGCACUACUUGAGUUCACUCGCACAGCCCAAGUGCUCAUAGGUCAAGAGAAUGUGAUCAGCUUACUGGAAACAGCUGAUUUUUUUCAGUUUGACAGGGUGAAACUGUUGUGUGAGAAAUUUCUGGAGAGAGAACUGCAUGUUUCCAACUGCUUGGGCCUGAUGAUCUACUCACAGCAAUUUGCCUUUACAGAGUUGUAUGUGUCUGCUAUGAAUGUGGCUCUCACUCACUGGGGGGAUGUGAUAUGCCAGGAAGAAUUUAAGGCAUUACCCAAGGAAAUGCUGAUGCAGCUCCUGAAAAGUGAUGACCUCUUCAUUUCAAGAGAGGAUGUGAUUUUUGACAGUAUUAUAAUUUGGAUAAUGGAGGACCCAGCUACGAGAGAGGAAGAAUUUCUGGAUCUGGUGGGCGAAGUCAGGGUCACUUUUCUGAGUUUGUCCUUCCUUGACACCUUGGUGAAACGCAGUAAGCAUACUGGAGAGACAGAUACCUUUUCCAGACUAAUAAAGAAGUUAGACAGCUGUCCCCCACCCAGCUGGCAAAAUCCAAAACUGUGUUCUUAUGCUGGUCGGAGCUAUGACACCUUAUAUGUCCUGGGAGGAAAACAUGACAAGGAACAGCAAGAAUUAUAUCUCUUUCAACCUAAAACAGGGACCUGGCAGGCUUGUUCUCCAUUGCAGCGCAGGAACCUCACCCAGUAUGCAGUGGCAUCAGUAGGGAGCUUCCUUUUUGUGACAGGAGGAUAUUUCCGGGAUGAGUUUGUGUGGUACAGUGUGGAUUGGGUGCUUAUCUACAACUGCUUGGACAAUUGCUGGCUGGAAGGGCCGGCCAUGAAGAAGUCCCGCAACAGCCACUGUGCAGUAGGGGUAGGGCUCCACCUGUACGUUCUCGGGGGGAGCACAGAUGAAGGGAUAAUCCCGGCCGUGGAGCGCAUGGCCUUGAUGGAGUCCGAGUGGGAAAGCAUGAGUCCUAUGGCCCAGCCUGUGGAGAGAGGCGACGCCGCCAGCGUGGGAACCGCCAUCUACGUGGUCUGUGGCCUGGAUGAGAAUGGACAUGUGUACGAUGGAGUGCAGAGGCUGAACACAGAGACAGACAACUGGGAUGUCAUCUCAUUCUCCCCUCUUCCAAGGUAUGACCUCUGCAUCACAUCCCUGAAUGGGGCUCUGUACACUGUAGGAGGGGGAGCUUUUCGAUUUGAUGUGGAGACAGAUGAAUGGACACAGGUGAAUGAGGAAUGCUUGACCCAGAAGUUCUUCAUGGGAUGCAGCACCGUGAAUGGACAGAUUUAUCUCCUUGGACAGAGGAAGGGAAACAGUGCCCUCCCCACUGUAGUCCUCUUUGAUCCCUACAUUGAUGUGUGCCAGGUCAUAGAUAACAAACUCCCUUGUCCCCUUCCUAUUCAUGGCUGUGUCUCUGUGCGAAGAUUUGAUACGUGGGGAUAAGAGUGGAAGAUCAUGUGCUUUACAGUUUAAGGGAAUUAGAUUGCAUCAACUUUGGCCUGUGAUAUUUUAAAAUUUUUGUUCCUUUGCAAUUUUACCUUUUUUUUUCUACUUGACAAAUGAACUUGUAGCAAAAGCCAGAGAAAAGUUUGCAUACACAAAGGCUGCAGGUAAUUUUUGAAAAUGGUGAUUGGUAUUGUUAUGGUACAUAAACUUCUUAGGGUUCAGUGUCAAUAAAGGUUGGUGCUGUUCUGACCUUU